CACACCAAGAAUCAUACCCAAAAAACCAAAAAAAAAAGGAGAAAAAAGAAAAAGAAAAACGGUUAAUUCCUCUCUGUUUCCGAAGUUCUCUUAUUGGAGCAAUUCUCUUACCUUCACAAUCAUAAUGGAGAAGAACCUCACUGAAUCCGGCAGUUGUGCUCGCAUUGACGAGAAGAAGAAUGAAAGCGAGACACCACGUGCGCCUUUACCAGAUUCCGGGGAGACCGAUGCGAAAGAGGUUGAAGCCAAAACGGAUGAUGAUGCAAAGCCGCUUGAUGCGGAUACAGAGAGCGAACCGGCCGUUGAGAAGGAGGAGGAAGAUGCUCCAAUUGAGGUUGCAGAAUCUCCCCCUCCCAGCCUCAAGAAUAUUUCAGGAGAUGUUGAUCAAUAUCUUGAGACACUCACCAAGAAUGCAGAUGUCGAAGAACCUUCUUUAGAGAUCCCUGAUUUCAUUGACCAGUUCUUGGUACUCGUUGAAGAAAAAAUCUCCCUGUACGACUCGGGUGGAAGUAAAGGCAAAUGGGGUGAGGCUGUAGAGGAAGAUUCGUCGUUGUUAGGAGCUUUGCAUCGGAUUUCUAAAUUAAUGAAACUGCUGAGCCAGUCGGAAACCUCCUCGGAAGAGAUCAGUACACGAAAGGAUUUGUUAGUCAAUCACAUCGGUACCCUUCAGCAUCGAGCCAUGUCGUAUUUCGAGGAAGAGUUUCGAUUCCUUAUGGAAGAAUCUCGAAAUCCGGGUGAAUCUGACGCCGGUGGUCACGGGAAGCAAGUAGAGCAAGAUAGGAACCAGUUGUCGGAACCAGAAUUCAUCGAGUUGGAGCCCGAGUUUCCGAGUUAUCCCGAUGAGAUCGUUGCAAAAUUGAAACAAAUAACAAAAGAGAUGACAUCAGUUGGUUUCCAACACGAGUGCGGCCAGAUUUAUUCGAUUUGCAGGAGCUGCACAUUGGAGGAGAACCUGCAAAAAAUAGGAUUCGAGAAAAUGAGCAUCGACGAGAUUUUGAGAAUGCAAUGGAAAAUACUGGAGAGAGACAUCCCCGCGUGGAUCAAAACCUUCAAGGACUUUGUCUCCGUCUACUUGGCCGGUGAACAGAAGCUGGCAGAGUCGGUGUUUGAAGAAAAUCCGUCGCUAUCAGUUAUCCUAUAUAGCGAUCUCUCUCGGUGCAUUGUCAUGCAGCUUCUCAAUUUCGCGGAAGGGGUGGCCAUGACGAAGCGCGCCGCGGAGAAGCUAUUCAAAACCCUUGACAUGUACGAGACCUUGCGGGAUGCAAUCCCCAGUUUCGAGGAACUGUUACCGGAAGAGUAUGCGAACGAGCUCAAGACCGAGACAACGUUGACGAAAAGCAGACUUGGCGAGAACGUGAUCAGCACAUUCGGUGAUCUAGAAAACGCAAUCAAGACAGACGCCGAGAAAACUUUGGUUCCCGGAGGUGCGGUUCAUCCAUUGACACGCUACUUCAUGAACUACCUUCCAUUCGCAUGCGAGUACAAGGAAACGUUAGAGCAAGUGUUCAAGGAGCACUCGAAGAUUGAACGCGCCGACUCGACCAGCAGGCCCCACUACGAUGGGGAUGGGAAUUCUCAGCAGAAUGUUAACGCCAACAAUACCGGCACGGAGCAGGAAACGCCGUUUGCGGCACAGGUGAUUAGGCUGAUGUCUCACCUGGACACAAAUCUGGAAGGGAAGGCAAAGCUGUACAGGGAUGUGGCCUUGAGCUGCAUCUUCAUGAUGAACAAUGGGAGGUACAUGCUCCAAAAGAUCAAAGGGUCGCGAGAGAUGUACAGCUUGAUGGGAGAGACGUGGUGUAGGAAGAGGUCGUCGGAUCUAAGGUCGUACCAUAAGAAUUAUGUAAGAGAAACAUGGAGUAAGAUUCUAAAUUGUCUCACCCCAGAGGGUCUCAGUUCGCACGGGAAGGUGCAGAAGCCAGUGCUCAAAGAGAGGUUCAAGAGCUUCAACGCAAUAUUCGACGAGAUACACAGGACGCAGAGCACGUGGAUUGUGAACGACGAACAGCUUCAGUCGGAGCUGCGGGUGUCGAUAACGGGGGUGGUAAUUCCGGCAUACAGAGCAUUCUUGGGGAGGUAUUCUCAGUAUUUGGACCCAGGAAGACAGACAGAGAAGUACAUAAAAUAUCAGGCUGAUGAUAUAGAAACCUUAAUCGACGAGCUUUUUGAUGGAACUAAUCCAGCCAGAAGGAGACCAUGAAUCCAUGAUGACGAGACCAGCAGCAUCCACGUGUUGAGUGAUUACCAAAAAGCAUUCUGAGACAUUUUAACAAAAAAUUAAAAAUUGAGAGCGAAGAAGGGUUUGAUCUGCAUGGAUGGGCUUGAAAAGGUCAUGCACGUGCAUUCGAGUUCGUGUGCUUUACUCGGUUGUGUCUCAAGCUAGAGGGACCCUAUGUAUCCACUUUUCUUUCUUCUCUUUCGUUUUUUGUUCUUUGUCCCUCCUGAAAUGUUUCGAUUGGGUUAAUUUUCAUUUUUUGUUAUGAUACAUGUUUAAUGUUAAUUUGGUACAGAGUUUUUUUGGAUAUAUAAUUAUGACGUGUUAUGACUAGUUAAUUUCAACUCA